AUGCGAUUCUCCACUCUUUUGCUGCCACUUGCAGCUACCAUCACCGCGGCAGCUUCCAAGUCCACCAAGUCGACCACAUCAAGCAAGCCAACCGUGACCCUUGACUACACCACCCUCCAAGCCGCUGCUGGAAACGAGACCCUUGGUUACUACAAAUACCAGAACAUUCGCUUUGCUGCCGUUCCGACCGGUGACCUUCGUUUCGCCAAACCACAAUGGCCUUCUACUGAGUCUGGCAUCAACAAUGGUACCACCUAUGCUGAUGCCGAUGUCGACUGCUCCUCGGAGGAAGAUUGUCUUUACAUGGACGUAUGGGCUCCAGCCAACUCUGAGGGCAAGAAGUUGCCUGUCAUGGUGUGGACUUACGGUGGUGGGUUCACCGGCGGUUCCAAGUCGGAGAACACCCCGGAGGGUCUCUUCGAUCUGACGAAGGAAUUUAUUUUUGUCUCUUUCAACUAUCGUCUGGGAAUCACCGGUAUUGCUAACUCGGUGUCUCUCACUCAUCAGGGUGCGACUGACAAUGUGGCCCUGUACGAUGUUGAGCAUGCGUACAAGUGGGUGAAGAAGUACAUCAGCAAGUUUGGUGGUAACCCCGACGAUAUCACUGCUUUCGGAUUCUCCGCUGGUGGCAGUAUGCCAUUGUUCAUGAUGACUCGCUAUGGUGGUCACAACGAACAACUCUUCAACAAGGCUUAUAUCACUUCUCCUGGCUUCGUUCCUGGAGCUGGCCAUCACCAGGGCGAGGUCUUCUACCAGAACGUUUCCACUGCAGUUGGCUGUGAUGGUGGUGACUUAACUUGCAUGCGUGCCGUUUCCUUCACCAACCUCACUGAUGCUGCUACGGAUGUCUACGACGCCUAUGGCUAUCAGUUCCAACCCCGCGUUGAUGGUGAUUUCGUUGCCGACACUUAUGAAUCGCAGUUUUACCAGGGCCGAUUCAACUUUGACGGUCCUUUGGUCAUCACCCACGAACAGCACGAGAACAACGGCUCACCUACUUCGGGCGUCAGCACCGUUGCGGACGUAGAGGCUGAGCUCCGGGCCUUCUUCCCCGCUAUCACUGACGAUGUUGUCGAGGAGAUCAUGGAGGCCUUCCCUGCGUCUGAUUACAGCAGCCCCGGCUAUCGCUUCGCGGAUAUGAGACAGUCCUUUGAUCUCACUGCGCAUGACUAUGCCCUGACUCGCGCCCUCGACAACAACACUUGGAACGCCAUGGUUGCUCUUGAGCAGGCCACCCACGGUACUGACCAAAGCUACUACUGGUACAGCACCUACUCCCUUUCUUCUUCAAGCUCCAGCAGCAGUGCUGCCUCUGGCGCUGGUGUCACCAUCAGCAGUAGCUCCUCCGUCAGCUCCACUGUUUCUCGCAAGAUGCAGAAGUAUCUCCUUUCCUUUGUCCUGACCGGCAACCCCAACACCAAGUGGCCCAGCGACAAACUUCACUGGCCCAAGUACGGCAGCGAUGCCAUCGAGCUGGUCUUCAACACCACUAUGUACACACAGACUGAUGACUUGGCCAAUGUGAAGAGCACGUACUGGAACAAGGCUCUGUGGUACUAG